AUGUCACAACCAAGAGUCCUCGUUGUGGGUGCCUCAAUCGCAGGCCCCAUGGCAGCCUACUGGCUCGCCAAAGCAGGAGCCCACGUCACCGUCAUCGAACGCUUCCCCAAACUACGCACGAACGGCCAAGCCAUCGACAUCCGCACCACCGGCGUUACCAUAAUGCGAAAGAUCCCAGGUAUGGAGACCGCAGUACGCGCCAAGAUCGUCCAGAUUGAGGGAAUGAGCCUACUCCGCGACAAUGGCCGACCCUACGGUACAAUCAGGGCAACUGGAAAUCCCGACCAACAAUCCCUAAUCUCAGAAUACGAGAUCCAUCGCGGAGAUCUGGCAAAGAUUCUGGUGGAUCUGAGUAGGGAGAAGGGCGUGCAGUAUGUCUUCGGCGAGCAAAUCGCUUCGAUGAAACAGGUUGAUAAUGAUGGACCGGUUACCGUCGAUUUCGUGAACGGCUUUGCAACUGCAGAGUACGACCUCGUUGUCGCUUGCGAUGGCGCGACCUCAAGGACCCGAGCGCUAGGGUUUGGCGGCGGUGUUAGAGAUUAUAUCGCACCAGUCAACUCCUGGGCGGCUUUCUUCUCCAUCAAGCAGGAUCUUAUCAAUGGGAGUAAAGUAGGCCAUGGGUACACCGCUGUUGGAGGGCGCUUUCUCGCUGUUGGAAACGAUCCGGAAGGUGGGAAUCAGAUUACCCUGAUGGGUAUGCAUCCCCGCAAUAAGCGUGAUUUGACGCUGCCGUUUCGCAAUGCUAUGGCCGAGGGCGAAGACGCUCUCAAACGCUUCAUUGCUCAGCAUUAUAAGGGCGCUGGGUGGAAGACGGACGAGGUGAUGGAAGCUAUGUUAGGUCCUGGUCUAAAGGGUUUCUACGCCAGCGAGAUCGUCCAGGUCAAAGUUCCCAGCUUGCACAAAGGACGCUUUGCCCUCGUUGGUGAUGCAGGAUAUGCACCUGGCCCGACUGGCACGGGCACCACGCUCGCCAUGACUGGCGCAUACGUUCUGGCUGGCGAGAUCAAUAAACAUCAAGGCGACCUUGCCACUGGCCUGAAAGGUUAUGAGGAGCGCAUGAGGCCUAUCAUUGAUGAUAUGCAGAAGAUCCCGAUCGUGAUACCUCAUGUUGUUGCGCCGCAGACUGCUUGGGGGCUUUGGCUCAGAAACACUAUCUUUGCUUUCAUUGCGUGGACGAAUGUUCUUGAAUACGCCCAAAGAUUUCUCGGCAGCGCCUUCGCUGAUAGUGAUAAGUAUGACCUACCGCACUAUGAAUGGGUGGCUUGA